GCUCUGCGGGAUAUCUCAGCAACUAAGCCUCCGUACAUUAGCGGGACAAUCACUGUGCCUGCCGAACAGCUUGUGCUCUUCUUUGAGGGGAGAGAUGGAGUUUCGCGUCGUAUCAAUCUAUCAAACGCGUCAUCCGAGGAAAUACAGAUGCUCGCAAACGCCUGUUAUCCUGCGACAUUCGGCCGAAAUGGAGAAGACGUUCUCGACGAAUCUUAUCGUCGAGCAGGCGUACUUCUCCCUGGUAAUUUCAGCACCGGUCUUAGCCCGUCCGAACUUGGACUAGGUCAUGUCGUCAGCGAGUUCCUUGAGGGAGAGAAUGGAUUGCGCCCUGUUCUUUUGAAGCUGGAUAAGCUCAACGUCUAUGCAGGUAAAGGAGAGUUUUUCAAAGCACACAAAGACACACCGCGGGCCUCGUCUAUGUUCGGCUCCCUCGUUGUUGUUUUGCCUACACCACAUGAUGGAGGUGCGCUUGUUCUUCGUCACAAGGGAGAGGAGUACAAGGUCGAUUUUGCGGAUACCUUCAAGACUACUCAGGCUCCUGCGAUUGGCUAUGUUGCAUUUUUCAGCGACGUCGAACACGAGAUCGAGACCGUUAGGAGCGGAAACCGUGUUACAUUUACCUAUGGCCUUUACUUUGACGACGAAACGGGCAUCAGAGAGGGCGUUCAGAAACAAUACCAUCCCCUUAUUGACGCUCCGCCGCACCAGAAGUCAUUUGAGGAUGCGCUCAAAGCUGUGCUUGCCGACGACAGCAUUCUUCCUGGUGGGGGAUUUAUCGGCUUUGGGCUGACACACCAGUAUCCCGUCACGAAGAACACGGAGACCUCAACGUUUCACGAUCGUCUCAAAGGCGCCGACGCAGCGCUCAAGCGUGCAUGCGAAGCGCUGGGGCUUGAGUGGCAUCUGCGCGUGCUCUAUAGGUGCAAGCAACAGUACUCUCGGUUCGACCGGUAUGUCCUUGCCGAC